GUGGGGUUUGAUGUGCUUUUGGGUUACACAUUAUAAGAUUCUGUCCAGGUUUUAUGCUCUUAAAUCUCGACAUCUCAACCUCUUCCUCCCCCACGUACAAACACUCUAGCCAUGAAUAUAAAUUCUGGCUCGUGCUUUUUUUAAGUCCCCAAUUAAUUAUCACAGAGAUUCCUAAACCUUAAUAAACCAAAAUCAUAUAUAUGUAGGGUGACGUGACGAUCCGUGCCAGCCGUGCCGUCUCCUUCUUUUUCUUAAGGUGUGGUAUUGAGUGAUUUGGCCGGGAACCCAACUGAGCGAGCUAUCUCAACAGGCAGGUCUGAAUCAGACCGUCCGAUUUUUCCCUCUCCUUCCUUGAUGACAAGAUACAAAUGUCGAACCAAGAUUGCUAUUAUUGCAUUCAGCUUAAUGGGCGAGUUUGCAGCCUAAACAUCAGUCAGCUAUUAUUAUUCAAGAAGGGAUCUACUUCUAAGAGGCCCGAAUUCAAAAAUGUGUUUGUCAACGCAAAUGCUGAAUUUCCCAUGCGGAUGGGGCUACUUAUCAGGGAUUCCAAAUUGCAUUUUGUUGGGGGUGAGAAGAUUGUCAGGCCUGGGAUUGUUCCUCACUUGGAGUUAGACCCGAGGUCUUUCAGACGUAGCCCUGAAUUUUGCCACCCCAACUCCCAUGUCUUCACCUUUGACCCUACAUUCCACACCCUCUAUAAGGACAGUAACUUUCCUGAUCCUUCUGCUCCCAAGUCCUGCCCUAUCGUGGUCACCCUUGGGGAUAAAAACAAAGUUUAUGUCCUUUCAACAGAUUCACUCUACCUCUUUACUGGUCAUAGUUUAACUGAACCAAUUUUCGAGGCUUUUGAUUUUGAGUUAAAAACCUGGAAACCUCUCCCUCCCCCCCUUUACUCCCGUCGCGCCCCUAUCAUGUCCCGCUAUGCUAUUGGCCGCAAGCUGUAUCUUAAUACCAGCCAUUUUUCAUGCAUUUUUGAUGCAGAAAAAGAAGAAUGGGACUAUGCCAUCCCAUUGAAGUUUCCCUAUCUUAUGUGUUCUGUAGAGUACAAUGGCUUUCUAAUUGCCAUGCCCUUAUUCGGAGAAGCAGAAGUUGUUGCCUAUAACUUGGACUCAUUUGGGCUCACCAAUUCUGAAAAGCGUCUAGAUCAGCUACAGGAAAUAUUCAAGGAUCCCUUUUACGACCCCAGAGGGUGCUAUCUCACCAGUCUUGACGAUCAUGGCCGCAUGUGCCUCCUUUAUUCAGGUUUCUCCUCUUCCAACUCUUCCAAAGAGUUUUGGGGACGUGUAGCGGUGUUUCAAGUAUCCGUCUCAAACUCUACCGACGGUCCAGUUGUCACUGCAGUUCUAGAGGCUGUCGAAGACUAUAACAUGCAGGACUUUGUAGUUCGUGAUGCCAGUAUUUACUCAACAUUCAUCAUGUAUGAUGAUCUGAGCAUGGAUGAUACCGAGGCUGAUGUAAGUUUCACGAACUCAACUCUUUCUGGCUUGGUUGCUGUUAUGCAUGAAGAACCGGAAACUACAGUUUCUGAAACAGGCCAGUUUGUCAUGGCAUGGAACUGAAAAAUCAUAUCUGAAUACGUUGAGAACAAUAGCUGUAUUACUUGGGAAUGGGUAUUCUACUCUUUAAUCUCGAUCGAUCAACUCUAAUAAAUGUACGUAGUAGUAACGUAAUUUCAUUAGAACUGUUGUAUUAACUGAAUUUCAACUCACUUGGUAAUGAAUGGUUGCGUAUAAAGCUUAACGCAAUUUGCUGA